CUCGUCAGUCGCCAGUGGCACUCGCCAGUAUAGCGCAGUCGCAAUGUUGUGACGUGACGUCAUUUUCCAUUCAUAGUUUUUAGUUCAUCAAUGGGGCAAUGUUAUGGCAAUAUUCGAUUAGUUUCUUGAGAAUAAAGUGUUGUCUCAGAAGUUUUAUGUGUGCUUGACGUUUUUACAUUCACGGUGUAACUGAAUAUUUUAUUGUAUUUACAUACAGAGUGAUUAUUUUUGACGAGGAAAUCAAGAGCGCUAGUAAAGGCUUAAAAGUGCAUUCAUUGAUGAAUGAAUAGAAGUGAACAUUGUGCAUGCGCAGUGUGUUAUAGUUAUAAAAUGAUCAUAUUAAAUGUACGACUUCAAGAAAUAAACACAGAAGAUUAUUUCUGAGACAAUUUCCUCAAUCCUAAGUAGAAUAUUACUAGUUACGACACUCCGGAAGUGGCGGGACAAGCCGGCCGAGGGGCUCGCUCCGAAAGAGAUAACAGCGGAUGAAAGAGAUAAACAGUUAUGGAUUUAACAUGGCGGACGAAACGCGUAAAGUGCGAGUAGAAGAACGAUUGAAAAUAAAAAUUGGUGAAGCUAAAAAUUUACCAGGUCGUAACAAUGGAGCAGCGUGUGCCCGUGAUAUAUACUGCGUGCUGUCCUUGGACCAAGAAGAAAUAUUUCGCACAUCCACUAUUGAAAGAACACUCAACCCAUUUUUCGGCGAAGAAUUCCAAUUUGAAGUACCCCGCAGAUUUAGAUACUUAUCCAUAUACGUGUUCGACCGUGACAAACAGGCUAGCAAGCAGGACAAAGUCCUCGGAAAAGUUGCUAUCAAAAGAGAAGAUUUGGAGAGGUAUAACAACACAGACCACUGGUUCGCUCUGCGACCGGUGGACGCGGACUCGGAAGUACAGGGUAAAGCAUACAUUGAACUGUCGAUGGAGGACUCAAGAAAACGAUUACGCAUGGACCCUAAACCUCCCGAUCCCGACUUCAGCGAAUGUUCCAAAGCGAAGGCAAACAAUCUCACUAGACUAUCAGAAUAUUGUAAAGAGAGCAUGCGAUUCGGCUCGUGUUCGAGUUCGACUAGUAAAAAGCUGUUAGCGGCUGUUGCAACUGAACCUGCGCUGUCCCUUUCCCGUUCAGAAAGUUUAAAGGAUCGCGCGCAAUGGUCAGUACGCCCUAAACCACCGAUGCACACCAUGGCAGAAUCGCCGUCACCCACCGCGGCCGACUAUUGGUCGGAUCCAGAAAGACAUUGUGCGGCACACGUCGGACCUGACACGAUACGCUUAAGGGUUUUAGAAUGUUCAGAACUGACCACAAAGAAUGGGCAGUGUGAUCCAUUUGCGCUAGUAACGUUGUUGUAUUCGAAUGGAAGGAGGGUAGAAAAGCGCACGAAACCGAGAAAAAAGACGGUCAAUCCGCAAUUUGAUGAAAUUUUUUGUUUUGAUCUCGUCAUGGAGGCUGACCCUAAGGAUAAGGAUGGAUCACAGACGGCUGGUGUGGCGUGCGAGGCUAGAGUGUCAGUCUGGCACGACGCGGCUACUCCCGUGUUUUUGGGAGAAGUUCGCUUACAGUUAAGGCAACCCGCGCCGGAUCCUUUGUGUGCAUGGUUCUUCCUAACAUCAAGGGCGGGCGGCGCCCUGUCACGAGGUGCGACUCCGCCUGGUACGCGUUUGUCAGCUGCAGGCAGUUCUACCCUUGGGUCUUUGAGGCUUCUGCUCAGAUACACCGUCGACCACGUCUUUCCAUUACAACACUAUCGGCAAUUAGAGGAGCUUUUUCUCAGAAGUGUACAUCAGAAGCCAAUAACAACCUCAGCGGUGUACAUCUUAGGCGAAAUAGUAUCGAGUAAGACGGAAGCCGCCCAGCCCCUUGUAAGACUCUUCACACAUCAUGAUCUCAUCGUUCCCAUCGUUAAAGAACUCGCUGAUGCUGAGAUUUCUGUCCUCACUGACGCGACAACAAUAUUCCGUGGCAACACGCUGGUAUCCAAAAUGAUGGAUGAGGCGAUGAGGCUAACGGGUGCCGCCUAUCUUCGUUCGGUACUACGGCCUACACUCGCGGCAGUUCUUCAUGAGAAGAGGCCCUGCGAAAUUGACCCAGCCAGAGUUAAGCCAUCUGCGGAUAUCGCUGCUAACCUGGCUAAUUUGAAGGACUAUGUUGAGAGGGUAUUUGCCGCAAUAACAUCAUCGUACGGCACUUGUCCAUCAGUGAUGUGUCGCCUAUUCGACGCAUUACGGCAGUGUGCGGCGAGGCAUUUCCCUCACAACGCUGAAGUCCGAUACUCUGUAGUCUCUGGAUUUAUCUUCUUACGUUUCUUUGCCCCUGCCAUACUUGGUCCGAGGCUUUUCGAUCUCACAACUGAACAAAUUGACCUCCAAACAACGCGGACGUUGACAUUGAUCUCGAAGACGAUCCAGUCUCUGGGCAACUUGGUGAGCAGCCGGUCAGCGCAACAGGUCUGCAAGGAGGAGUACAUGGCCGAACUCUAUAGAAGCUUUUGCACCACCAGACAUGUGCAAGCGAUAAAACAAUUUCUGGAAAUAAUCUCAACCAGUUCGGACACGCAAAAUAAUAAUGUACAAGAAACAUCGGUCCUACUUAAAGAAGGUGUUUUAAAUUUUUGCUUUCGUAUCGACUGGGAGAGAUCAUGGACGAUGAUAAAACGUUCCGAGGGCGUUCGUAUGGGCCCAGGCUCCCCGCGCAGGCGCUGGGUGCGACCGGCGCAUACGCACUCAAAACGGAGACAUUUUAGACUUACCAGUGGUGAGUUGUGGUGGUCUCGUUGUGGGGCAAAAGCAGCUGCGCAUCGGCUACCCCUCUCCGGCGUGUUGUCGGUGUCGCCAGUAGAUUGUCCGCCAGCUGGAGCGCCAUUGGAUGCUAAUAAUAUCUUCCAAAUAGUGCAUAGAGAGCGUGUCCUGUUCGUACAAGCAAGUAAUUGUGUAGAGCGCGCUGAGUGGUUACGACUUCUCUCCGCAUUGUGCCGUCGUUCGCCUGCCACGCCCCCGCAUAGAGGCUACUACGUUGACACCAAGUGGUCAUGCUGUGGCCGUAAUGAAGCAGAUGCCGAGGGCUGUGGGGGUGGGGUGGAGGGCGUGGCUGAAUGGGGUGCUGCGGGAUCCCUGAGGGGGGAUGGCGUAGUACGAGGCCCUGCAGCACUGGCUCUGAGGUUGGACCCUGCGAGGGACCUUCAACGGCUGCAUGCAUUGCUCAUGUCGCAUACGAAGUUAUUAGAUACGAGAUUACAUCGACCGCCUGAUGAUACAAACCCACAAGAGCGCGAAGCAGAAGCGUCGACACUCCGUGAACUACAAAAAGUGAUGUUCGACCUCGAGACCCGGCAUUGUACGUAUCGGCGGUCCUUGGCCAGAGAAACUAAAUAUGGCAGCAAACAAGCCCCCAUCGGAGACGACAACUACCUGCACUUGGCGGGAGCGGGGGCAGCGGAGAGCGGGAGCGGGGCUCUCUGGCGGGCCUGGAGAGGGGCCGGCUCCCCCACCAUUGACCUAGACGGGAAGGCACUUCCUCCGCAACCCUCGCUCGAUAUGUGCUCCAGCUCGGAGUCACUCAAGCUGCCCCGCCUCGCGGACGACCGCUCCUCCGGCAAAUCCAACAAAUCCACCGGCAGCGGCUACCUGGCGAUGGCCUGCCUCAAGCACGAGCCGUCGGAGGACAGCGACGCCUCCGCCGACAAACCCGCUCGACCGCCCAAACCGGCCCGUCUCUCCCCCUCCCGCCCCCCUCUCUGCGAAUACGUCGACGUGGAGAGGAAACCGCCCGUCCGCCGACCCAAGCCCGACAUGACGCCCAAACGGAGCGAGUACGAUCUCUCGAAUCGCUGCAAGGAAUAUGAGCUGAUGGCCAAUUUCAUGAGUCACGCCCAGGCUUCGGAAGACGUUCCUCCUGCAGUCCCCCCGCGCGGCAACACGGCGCGGCGGACUAAACCGGUCGAAGAAGCGAAGACGGACGAACAGACAGUAUUACUGGCCACUUCUACCACCAGCCUCCCGGAAGACAUGAGCUGUGAACCGGAUCAGGUGACCCGCGAACGACCGACGAGCAAAAUAGACACGGUCUCGAACGACGACAGCCUCCUUGACGAACUGCAGAGGGACACGUAUUGCGUCCUCAAAGUGUGCGAAGACGAAGAUGGCUCCACCGAAAAAUGCGACGAAGCGAAAGAUAAGAAAGACAAAGAAGAUUAUGGAAUGUUCUCCAGAAUUAGUUUGCAGAGGAAGUCUAAUCCUAUAAAAACUCAGUCGAAGUCCAUAAAAACCCUCAAGACUUCGAAUUCCACUUCGAACGUUCACGACGUCGCGAAUGCGUCGAGGCCUUUGGCCGAGCGAUUCACCCCUUUUUUUCUAAAGAAGAAGCCGAAGUCGGAUACGAAAUCGGAGGAAGGAUCGAAGAGCAAGAGCAAGGAGGAUAAUUUAAUAGGCCGGUUGACGCCGAGAUUUGGCCAAUCGCGACUGUACGGUCGCGGGCAAUCGUUAGAUUUGACCGGGGGCAACGCGGGCAAACGCAUCGAGCGGUCGGCGACGACGGUCAGCAUUCCCGCUCGACCGUUGCACAUGAGCGGCGUGAAGUUUCCCUCCCUCCAACGAUACAGCACGCAAGACGCAGAAGUGCAGUGUCACGCUUACGUGAGCGAAGACCCGCCCUCCGGUGAGCAAUGGCGGCCAUCGGCGACUCUGCUGACGGCUGCCACCAACGAUAUUAGACUGUAAAGCCGAGCGAAUACGGGCUAUAAUAGCUCUCGCCUCGAAGGUUCCGGUGGUAAUCUCUCUCCUGUCCACUCGUAUGUAAGAUUGGUGCGAAUGUAUACUUUAUAUUUAUUUCUAUAUUUUUCGAACUCGUUUUCGACCUGAGCAUGUGCCUCCUCUAGUUUUAGGAUUUCGAGCGCCGAUAUAUUUAGGCUAAUGGAAUACUCAAAAGGUGCCAACAUUCAGCCAUUCCUGCGCGACUGAGUUGUGGCGUAUGUGGUGUAUUUAUAUAAAUUAAUUGUAGAGAACGAUAUCAAUGUCCACUCGAAGCCAAUGUCGCUUUUGACUCGUUAGCUUUGUAAAAUAAAUUUAAGCUAUUUAUGUAGAUAACUGUAAAUUAUGAAUAUUAAGUUAUAUUUUCAUACUAUUCUUGGAUGUGACCCUUGUUAAGUCCUCUCUUAAGGUCGCCGAUUACUCAGAAUGUCAA